AUGGCAGUAAGUGUAUACUCGCAUGUGCAGCUCUGUAUUCGCUGACGAUGAUGACCGAGUCUCUUUGCAAUCGCGUCGCGUCGCGUCACGUGUCCAUUUCGCAUCUCUUCCGCAAACGCAGGACGACCGCUUCUGCUACCUGCACAUGCCGGAGAUGCUCUCGAGCCAGAUACUACUGGACGAGGAGGAUGCCAAACUGGGCUGGGACUUGCCUCAUGAUGGUCAGUCGAUGUAGGCCCUCCUUGCGAAGUGCAACUUGGCUGCUGAUUGACGAUCACCCCUUUUGAAGACAUCAUCGUACCCGCCCACCUGUUACCUUCAUAUCAAGACGAAGACGACGAGAGUUAGUAUAUCGUGCUAUUGAGGGCUUCCAACCGACCCUCGAUUCCAGUGACUGAUGAUCGUGUUCUCUCACGUCUUCCUGAAUCAGCAAUCCUCCCCUCGUCAGCUCAUCCGUCGUACCCCUACGGCAACCCAUACACCCCGACCGCGCGCAACUCUUCGACACCUUACUCUCGUCCUUCCCAGGCCGCAUUCCUCUCCCGCGGGGGUGGCGGCGGCGACGGCGGAGCAAGCGGUGGACACGGAAGCAACUCGUCGAAUCGUUUCGCCGCCGCUCGUUCACUCGGUCCCCUCUUGCCCGGGGCCAAAGCCACAGCCAAUGGUCCAGGAUCGUUAGCGACAACACUGUCAAAUCUCGAACUACGAGGCCUCUUCCAAAGCACGACCUUGGGGGAUGCACAAGACCGAGAAUGGGGCGAGAUGGGUAUAGCCUCCUUGCUCGGGAUCGAAGAAGGGUCGGGGUUGAACGACGAUCCGGAGACUUUGCUGAGGAAUGCUGGGAUCGCUUCGACGGAUGGACCGGGGGCGAAUGGGGCGGGUGGGAUGGACCCUUCUGCGGGUGGGGAAGCUCAGGGACAGAAUGCCGGCGAUCACCCUGAUACCGAGGAGGAAGAGGAAGAAUAG